UCUGAAUUAGCUCCUGUUGGAAUUCGUUUAAGUUUUGAUCAAGUGGAUUUUUUGACGGAGAUUUGAGGUUCUGAGGUUUUUGUUUAAGAAUUUGGAAUUCUUUAAUGAAAUUUGAUAGAUUCUGGGGAAGAUUUGGUGAAGAUUAGAGUAGAAAUGGAGAAGAAUAGAGUAAGCAGGAGGGAGACAUCAUCUGUUAUUGGUGAAAGCUUUUCGUUGUCUCGACGAAGAUCGCGCAGCAGCAUUGGGUUUCGAGACUCCUCUGGAGUUUGUGAUGCUGAGGAUGACGGAAGCGAUUCUAUGAGAGAUCAGUCUAAUGAGAAGAAGGAGCGGUCUAGUAGGAGGAGGAGACUGAAUUCGAACGGGAGGUAUCAUGUCGAUAGGGAUGAAGAGAAUGGGAGCUCUAAUGAAAGCAUGAACGAUGAUGACAACGAUGAAGAUGACAGACAUGUUCUUGGUAGUGGCACUGGUGGUAGCUUUUCAAUGAGAAUUGAAAGACCAAAGCAUCCACAAUUGAAGGGACGGGAUGACAUGCUUGGGGUUUCAGUUCCUCGAAGGGCUCGCUCUGCUUCGGUGAAGAGGUUUCAGGAUUCGUGUUCCAUUGUUCGGCAAUUCUCAUCUCCUUUGCCUAUUCCGACUAGUGCGGCAUCUCCUUCUCCACCUUCAUCGAAUGCAUCAACCAAAGCCCCAAGAAAAAUGAUGAAACCCAUGACAAAAGCAAAACUUUCGAAGACAUCAAAGGUUUCCAUUUCUGAAAGUGAAGUUGAAGUUGCUCAAUUCUUGUAUGGACUUACUAGGCUACAAUCUCAUCAAUCUCCUGUCAAGUCAGAUGCCUUUAGGAGUCCUUCCCAAGUUGAUCACAAGCACAAUUCGUCAAAUGAAGUUUUGGUUUUAGCUCCAUCUAAAAUUUCAUCUCCUAGGUCAACUCCGGUUUCUCCUCCAUCUUCACAGCUGUCGAUCUUGCCGCAAAAUUCAAGCUCUAUACCUACAAGUGUUACAGUUCCGAAGAGGAAGAAACCAAGAGCUGUACAGUUGGAAGAUGGUUAUGACUCCACAAUGAUGGCCUGUGCUUCUAAGCCUUCUGUAUGCAACAACCUUGGGAAUAGUUCAAACAGUUCAAUUCCUGCUUCUUCAUCCGAAACUGAAGGAAUUAUAGGUUCCCCAGCUGCAAAACCAGAGGUUUUAUCCGCAAAGUCAGAUAAAAAUAUCAUAUCCAAUGAAGAGUCUACUUCUAAACCAGAAACUUCCUUGCCAGUUUCUUCACCUUCACUAACUUCUUUUCCAGAAAACCUUCCCUUGACAGAGGGGAAACCAAAUGCUAAAAGUUCAAUAGAGUCAAAGACUUCCGUAUCACUGGAAAAGAAUCUUCAAACCACUGACAGUCCAAAAGCGGAGGAGGCUGAAGCUUUAGAAGUCGACUUGCAGGCUUCUGUUGAUGUUGUGGAGAAAGAAUCAAGCCCAAUGGGCCAAGAUAUUUCUGCUCCAUUGAUAUCAGAUGUUAAACUGGAUACUCCUAACAUUACAUCACGAGGUUCUGUAGCUUCUGAGGAAACAAAGAUGAUGAAAUUUGAAAUUGAUCUGAUGGCUCCCCCUAAAAACGAUGAUGAUGUGCUUGAUGAAGUGGGUACAAAUGCUUCUCAGACAUCAAACCCUGAUACACUGAACCCAGUCAUUGGUAAAGCAAGACAGACUGAAGUGAACAUCAAUACUGAAGGACAAGUGGAGGCGGAUGAAGCAAGACGAAAGCACAAUUACAAUGUUCUGGAUCUAGAGCAGAAUAAGCAGAUGAAGGAGACUGUGAAGGUGGCAGCCUUGGACAAGCAAUUGUAUAACGAGAAGAAAAGUGGAUCAUCUAAUGUCGAUGAUCAGAACCAUUUGGAUAAGAGUGACAAUAAGCAGCCCUCUCAGAAACUAUUGAGAAAUUCAGCAAGACCAACUGAUAGAACUGGUUUACCUGUUGGAAUCAUGGCAUCCACGUUAAACCCGAUUUCAAUUACAGUCCCCAGCUGGCCUGGUGGUCGUCCUCCAUUCGGGUAUCUGGGUUCAAGUCCAUCAAAUCUUUCAGGAUUGCAAGUUGUCCAAGCCAUUGUGCCCAAGGAAGGGAACUGCGCAAUCCCAAAUCCACCUUUUAUGAUGCCACCGCAGGCACGGCCCAGUCGCUGUGCCACCCAUUGCUUCAUUGCUCGGAAUAUACAUUUUCAGCAACAAACAGCUAGACUCAAACCUUUUUGGCAUGCUGCAGGCUCUGCAGCUCCUUAUGGAGGCAAACCGUACAAUUUGAAUAUGUUGCCACCUUCAGAGUCAAUACUUUUCGGUGCUGGUUCCUUAGUAAGAAAUCCAAACAUGGUUCCCAAUGGUAAUCAUGGACCUGCUUCAGUAAUGACACUAAAUGGAUACAAUUCAACAGGCCAACUUCCCAACUCUUUUGCAGAUAACCAAAAAAAGCCAUGUCAGCUUCCCCAAUCAGCACAUCAGAUGCCCGCUUUCAUUUUUCCAUUCACCCAGUCCAGAACAAGUGGAAUCAAAUCUAGCAAUGGAGUGGAAAAUGCUAGUCUGGUAUCUGCAUCUUCUGGGUCUGUAGCUGCUCCUUCUGCAUCUGUGAAUUCCAAGUUCAGUAACAUAGCAGCAAAAUCAGAUCCACAAUACCUCUCAAUGCUUCAUGGCAGUUAUCCUUUCCCCAUUCCAGCUGCAUACAGAGCCCAUAUGCCACAACAACAGCGGCCGGGAGCUCCUCCUCUCUUCGGCGGGUCUCUUUAUCCUGCUCAUCUGUUGCAGCUCCAGUCACGCAUGCUUCCACAUACCCAUAACCAGAACCAAUCCACUUCAUCUGUAUCUUCGUCAAAGUCCCCUGCAGAAUCUUGCCGCAAUGAGGCUGAACCUGUCCAGGACCAAGAGGGUGGUUCUGAAGUCCAGGUCCUACCUAUUCAGAAGGAUGUUCCGGGCCAAAAUGUUUCUGGGAUACCAAAUUUCCAUCAGAAUUUUGCUAUCGUACCUCCGUUUUUCAGAGGAAACCAGCCACAGCAGCAACCUGGUGAUCCUAAUCUACAUAUGAGAUUGAAAGGCUUGGAGGCCACUGCUGGAUCUUUUCAUUCUGGACAUUCUAUGUUGCAGACCAUGCCAAAUUUUGGGCUUCACCAAUAUUGGAUGGGUGGUGGGAACAUCCCCAAUCAAGCAGUAAAUCAAUCAAAAGCUCCUUCAAAAUCUGCUUCUGUCACAGUCACUGAUAAGUUUCUGGAGCCUAGUCAUGGUCAGUCAUUACCUGUGUCUGCUAGGCAGCAGCAUCAAAAACAGGUCGUGGCUCGAACCCAACCAUUGGAUUCUUCUGUUUCGGCAGCUGGAGGAUCAUCUCGAUUGGAUCAUACUGACCGUAUCCUGGCAGGCUACUCAAAUGCUGGAACCAACUUCCAAGCAGGUACGAUGGGUUUUCCUCAGUGGAAAAUGCCACCUUCUGAGAGGGCUGCCCCUGGAUCCUUACCGGGCAAUUUUGUUCAAUCAGGCAUGGCAGUGGCAGCGGUGGCAGAGACUCAAAACGCUGGAAGCUCAGAUGUGAAGGCAUCAAGGGGGGCCUCACCACCUAUGAAUCCUACCCGUAUAGCUCCCUCAUCUGGACUAUCUGUCAUGGCUCUGUCAGAUCAAGCCCAGUGCCAACCCAAGACACAGCAACUCUACUUCUUCAGCGAGUCCACACACCAGAAUUCUGGUAGUAGCUGUACCCUGUCAUCUCAGAGGCAUUCUACAGAGACAAGUUCAGAAAGACAAGCCAUGUUUGCAGAUGCUCUCAAUUGGAGAAGACCAGAGAAUCAACAGGCCCAGCCAUCUCUGACAGUGGGAUACCUAGAUGGUGGGAAGAACCCUGCGGUGUUUGGCCAUCCUUUGGCUGGAAGUUCAGUUGCAGUAAUGGCUGCAGCAUCUUAUGCCCAGUCAGCAGCGAACUUCCCCAUGAAAUCAGCUGAACAGAAACCGGCAGCAGCUUGAGAAUUUGAGACAAAAGAUAGUUUCUAGAGGAGGAAAUAAUACAAGAGAGAAACAGGAAUGGACAUUUCAUGCAGGGGGUU